AUGCCUCACUAUCAGGGUGGACGUCGCCCCUCUUCCGGCAACAUGAACGCGUCUGCCACUUCCGCUUCUUCCUAUUCCCCUGCUUAUGACCGACCACGACGACGAAGCCGAGCCUACGAAGAUGUGGAAAGGGCAAUCACACCAGAACAAGUCGAGAUGGACCUGGACUCCGUCUCCCCUUCGACGCUCUCUUCAAUCUCAUCCUCUUCUUAUUCCAUGGCCACCUCGUCUGCAGCUGCCGCCGAAGACUCCCUCGUUCUUGGUCGAGCGAAGCGGACUCCUCUCAAGUCGUGGAAGGCACUGGAGGCUGAGGAGACUGGCCAAUCGCGAGCACUCUUCAAGCUUAGGCGCAAGUCCAGGGAGCGCAGUAGCGAGGAUCCCAUCGUAGUGCCUGUAGUCGCAGCCUCACCUCCGCGAGGAGUCCAACGAAGCAGGAGAGUUGCUUCCAGUGGCGAGUCCCGGAGAGCUCGAAGCUCAAGGCGAACCGAUGCAGAUCAAAGCUUCGAUGCUGAUACGAGCACAGCAGUAGUAGUUGUGCCCUCGCGCUCAGCUUCCCCCACGCCUAACGUAGCCGAGACUGCAGCCGCCAUCGCCAAGGCUGAAGAAGCGGAGACAGAGCUAGCCUUGACCAAGCACCGCGAGGCGAGCUCAAGCGCCCCUGGUGUCUCUGAGAACGAUGCCAACGUUCACUCCCGACCUAGGCGUUCCACUACUCGGCUGAGUCAAGUCACGACUGCUGCCAUGCUAGCAGCAUCUCCCGCUGAAGACUCUUCAUCUGACGAAGACGAAGCCGAGGAGCCACCCCAGAGCAUUCGAUCUGAAGGUAGACCUGAGCGUCGGGUGAGAACUUCCCCGGACUCAAUUCCAAGGCGAGUGCUUCCGCCUCGAAGAGCAUCAAGAGGCAAAUCUUCUGAGCUGAGACAUCAAGUAGAGGACGCAUCUGAGCAGGAUCAGCCGAAGGAGGAGAUCGAGGAGACGUCAGGUCUCAGGCAGCCUCUGGCGCAGUCGGAGACUUUGCCCUUCCGCUGGAGGAGUGCAAUGAAGGCAGCAGAAUCCUCCGUGGCAGCGACUCGACCUCGACGCUCUGUCAGUGGCGUCAACCUUGUUGAAAAGAGCUCUGAUGAGGAAGAUGAAGAGCGAGACUCCGUCCGUGAUACGCCAGGUGUGGUCGAGCAAGAAACAGGAUCGUCCAGGGCCACUUUUGCACGAGAAAUUUCUCCCGAUGAUUCGACCCUUUCUUCCAUCGGCAUGUCUGAAGACGAAGACGAUGACGUCGAGGAAGGAACUCCUGUGUCCACGGACGUGGAGCCGGUCCGGGCAAAGAAGCCACGAAAGCCAUCGCGCUCUACCGGCCAAAAGAAGGUCUACCUCUCCACUGGUCUUUACUCGCCGGACUUUCAAGUCGAGACUGCUGUUGGCUUUAUGAGUCAACGAGGUCGCAAUCGUGCCUCUACAUCUGGGGCAGAGUCAUCGACUUCCUCCGCGGCUACCAAAAGGUCUGCUUUCCCAGAGCCCAUCUACUAUGGUCACGAUCUCCUCGUCUGUCCACGGGACUUCCGACUGCCCUAUCCCAUCGUCCAUGAGCAGGAGAAGACCCGAGCCAGGGUCGACGCCCGUCGCAAGCCGACUUCGUAUACGAAGAUCAACAGCAAUCGCUAUGUAACUCGUUCCAGGCUCAAGGGCGAAUUGCCUCUAUGCCAAUGUGAGCCUGACAGCAAUUGUGGCGAUGACUGCCUCAACCGUCUUCUUCAAUUCAUCUGCGAUCCCAAAACCUGCCCUUGUGGCGACAGGUGCACCAACGUCUCCCUCGGCAAACGACCUCACGCUGAGUGCACUGUCUCCUGGUUCGGCAAGCGUGGGUUCGGGCUCCGAACUUUGGAUGCCAUUCCCAAGCACGGCCUCGUGGACGAAUACAGAGGCGAAGUCAUCGACCUUCGAGAAGCCGCUAGACGGGUCAAUGAAUAUUACAAAGACACUGGAAAUUUCUACUUUCUCGACUAUGAUGCGCGCGCUGGGGAGGUUCUAGACGGCGGACUCCGAGGUAACAUCACUCGCUUCGCGAACCACUCCUGCAAUCCCAACUGCUACAUCGAGAAGUGGCUCGUCUGCGGUUCCGACGAGCCAGGUACUGCCGAAUUUCAAGUAGGACUCUUCGCUGCUAGGGACAUCGAAGCAGGAGAGGAGCUGACAUACGACUACGGCUGGUCGGCAUUUGGAACGAAGCAGGUUGCUGCCGAAGCAGCCAAAAAGAUUCCCGUAGCUUGCCAUUGUGAAGCUCCUAAUUGCAGCGGUGUCAUGGGUGGUAGGAAGCAGGCAGGCUCUUCUCUCGCGUCAUCUGCUGCCACGCCAGUCCCCGAAGCGACAGAGGAAAAUUUCAGGGGAUUGGGAAAGAGGGGCCGGGAGGAAAGUGAGCCAAAGGCAGAGGAGAAAGCGAGAAAGGGUGGUCGACCGCGCAAAUUGGGUAGGAUCGGCAGACCUCGCAAAGAGGUAGUUGCUGCCAAGAUGGUAGCGGCAGCGGCACGAGCCAUCGCCGAUUCAAAUCAGGUGCCUCUUUUGCCAGAAGUAGCCCACUCUCGAGAGGAACGCACCCCCGAUCAACAACCUGAGGUCAACUCCAGUGCUGGUACCACCACGACUGCAGACUCUUCGGUCGCUGAGUCUGAAGCGCGAAGACCCAUUCGUGAGCGAAACCCUACGAAGGUCGAACCGGUCAUUCUUACCAGCCCUGGAAGCCAAGGCUCGCAAAUGGAUGGCCCUCGACGUCUACCCCUGCCAGCACGCAACAGUAGCACUGUGUCCAAGGGCCGGAACGUGUCGGUUGCAUCGUUCAAGUUACCGCAAGACCCUGUAGUCAGCAAAAAGCCCCUCACUUCGCCCAAGGGCAUUACGUUGCCAGGUGCCCUCACACCUGCGGACGCCGAGCGAAUGAUGGCUUCGGCUCUCCAAGGCUCGCUCCUCCAGCAGCAGGCUGACACAACGCGUGGUAGCUGGCUCGAUAUCAGUGACGAGGAAGAGGAGGAAGAGGAGGAACCGCAAGAUGUCGAGGAUGACGAAAGUCUGGACAACAGCGACGAAGACUACCAGGACAAUGAGGCCGCAGAAGAUGAUGAGGCUCUGGACGUGGACAACAACAUUGACUCCCUUGAUGAAGCACCGAAGAGGAGGAAGAGAUCUGGAGCACGCAGAGGCUCGUCGACUGGACUUGUUGGAGGUCGUGGCCGAUUGCGAGGUGCUAUACGUGUCGCUGAUUAUCCACCCAACACGCAAUUCUUCUUUGGGGAUGGCGUACCUAUCGAGGCCAACAAAGUGGAUGAAGUCAGUUCAUUCCGUAGCGUCUAUUCAGCAGCGGAAUUGGCAGCCAAGAAAGAGGAGCAGAGACAGCGCAAUGCUCUCGGUGCGAGACGCAGACGACAAGCCAAGAAGGCAGCCAAGGCGGCAGGAGGCGGAGCCAGAGGCAGGAAGGCUGCACGCUCGGCUUACAGGAUGGCACUCACCGAGAAGAUCGAGAAUGGUGGCAGCGACGAUAUCGACAGUAAGCGACGAUUGCCAUUGCCUUCUUCCGCUCAAAGGGCGCAGAAGCUGCGCUUGAUCGUCAAUGGUCAUGGGCGUCCUCUGACGAUGAGCGGCACAACGACCACGACCACGACGACUACGACAACCACUUCAUGGUCUGCCCUUUCGGCCCGCUCGGCGGUCAACGGCAGGUCCGGAGUCAAAGGAUCUGGCGAAGGUAGUGGCUCAAGUCGCCCGGUCAAGGGCAUCCCUGAGCCCAUUCCCGAAGCUUAUGCCAACAAGCACGGGAGGAACAAGAGUGGCAUCAACUCGAGGAACGGCAUCAAGCAGUACGUCAUCAAGGGGGAGGCUAUCGGAACCAGCCCUCUCAUCUUGCCUGCCAUCUCUGCAGCUGCAGCGGCUGCCAAAGCAGCCCUUCUCGCUCAGACGUCUCGUCCGCAACCUCGAAAGAGCACCUCGUCACGCUCUCCUCGCAAGCGCACUGCCCGCAGGGCAUCUAGCACAGGCACGGAGUCAUUUGACGACGGCACUCCACAGCCCGAGGCUUCCAGCAGCACAGACUCGCAGAAGAAGAAGAUGGUCUACACCUCUACCAUCGGUCUUCCAGCUGGUGUUUCUGACCCCUCUGGCGCUUACAUUCCGGACCUGCCCUCCAAUCUAGUCGAUUCCGGGGUCAUGUCCAAGGGCGAUGCCAGACGAGCCAGGAAUGCCUUCUUGGCUCGCGUACGCCGCUUCAUCAAGAGAGGCAACUCCUACGAGGUCGCUCUCCAAAAAGCCAGCUUCAUGAGGAGCAAAGGUGACGAGAAUACGCCUCUCGUCAGAGCCAAGCUUGCAGCUGAAGCUGGAGUCGAAGCUUCUCCAUCUCCUGGCCCAAUCAAGCGCGACGAGCCCGCCGAGGAAACUCAGGUCGAGGGCAAAGGCAAGGCGAGGGCCUCACAGUGA